GAAACCUUCAGUGUCUGUUCAAUCACGGGCUAUACUCUCUUAGAUAUGUAUAUUUUUUUAUGAAUUUAUAACCAUAACCAUAUCAAUAACAAUGCCAAUUCUUAACUAUGUUGAUCGGAAUCUGAAAUAGUGCGCAUGUUUGGACAGCUCUCAUGUAUAACUGCAUUAGUUUGCAUAAGCAAGCUCUCACGCCAUGUGUCAGAUGUGUCAUGUUGUCUCUGAUCUCUCAGUGAUGGAUGGUGACAGUGAUGAGAUAAAGGAGCAGCUGAGGCUUCAGUUUCAAGCUCUUCAGGAGCAACAAGUGCAGCGCAUCCAGAGAAGACAGGAGAUGAAGAAGAUCGACUCAAACGCUCUGGACAAUAUAAACCUCACAGAAGAGGAUGAUGACAUGAUGCAUCUGUUCAACACAAGAGUGAUGCAGAAUGAAAACGAGCAACUGCUUGAUCAUGUGAGGGAGCUGAGAGAUGAGAACGGCAGACUUCAUAAACUGCUCAGUGAGAAAGACUUCGAGAUAAAACACCUGAAGAAGAAGAGAGAGGAGGAAAGACUGGCUUUAGCAGGUAUUGCUGGUCUGGCAGGAGAUGCAGCAGCAACCAAAAUUGUGGAACUGUCAAAAAAGACUCGAGAAUUAGCUGCUGAAAUAGAACGAGAGAAGACCAAAACUAAACAAGCAAACAAUCGAGUCAAAGAACUGGAGAAAGAGCUUCAGGCCACACUGUUACUUAAUCCUGGCAAGAAGACAACCAAAAAACAGGAUUCAAGGACUGAGAACGACCAUCUUGAGAACAGUCCCGUAGUAAAAUCCCUGCAGGAGAAACUAUCUACAGCCCAACUCAAAAUGACUGAAUACCGCAACCAGAUCCAGACCUUCAAACAAGAGUUCAAAAUAGCACACAAGGUGUUGAGCUGUGAGGUGGGCGAGGACGUCAAUAUUCAGCAGUUACUGUGUAACCCGGGAGGCUGGAGAGGACGUUCUCAACAGAUCCUCGCCCUUCAGAACAGAGUGCGUGACCUGGAACAGCAGCUGAGCCAGUCCUCUCACAGGAAGCAGUUAUGUGACCUCGGCCUGGAGGAGGAGAUCCCGGGAACAGGAGUCCUACUGAAGACCCAAGACAGAAACCUCAGCCACAUCCGUCACAUAGAGAGGGAGAGGAAGGACACACUGGAGAAGCUCACAGUAGAUUAUGAAGUUCUGCUUGAAGAGCACUCAGACAUGAAGAAGAAACUGGAGGCCUGUAAAUCCAGGAACAAAGUGUUGAGCACAGAAGUCAAAUCCCUGAAGAGCCAGAUCAGCACUCUGCUGGAUAAAGGCAAACACGACAAUGAGCUGGUCGAUGCCUUACUGAAGCAGCAGUCCAAGUGGCAGGCCAUGCUCGGGCAUCUCAGUCAGAACGGCUCCCAGCGUGAGGAGGCUCAGCAGGGCCUGGAGAGACAUCUGCACAGCCAGGCCCAGCAGCACGCCUCGCUCAUCCAGCAGCUCCGAGCCAUGGUGUCAGAGAAGGAGAACAAGGUCAAAGAGCUGGAGCAGGAGAUCCAGCAGCUCGCCCUCAUGCAGUGUAAGAGUCAAACUAACAUCAGGCCCUCGAAAUCACGACAUGAGAACAGCAGGGAGUCAAACUCCGCCAGAGAUGCACAGGCAGCCUGUCCCGAGUGUGCUGUUAAAAAUCCAGCUCUCCAGGCUCAGUGUGCUGAGUAUAAGGCUCUUUAUCAAGCUGCCAGUGUGGAGAGAGACAGACUGCUGGAGCUGAGUAAAGUACAGCAAACCAGUGAGGAAGAGGCGAAGCGCCAGUGUGCAGAAGCGGAGCAGAAACUCAGACUGGAAUGGCAGCGUUCAGUCUUACUGGAGCAGCAGCUGGAGAAGGCCAAACUGGACUUAAGGAAAGAAGCGAGUCUGCAAACAUCUAAUAGGAGUAGAACAGGAAGCUCAGGCAGCACUCUGGGUCUCCCUGACAAACAGGAGGGUUCGUCUCCCAGAAGUCCCUCUGAUGUCACCCGUGAUGCUCAACUUGGUGAACUCAAAGCACGUUUGGCACUGCAACUAGAAGAAAAUGAAUCCUUAAGAACCGCUCUGAAGAACGCCUUGAAGGAAAAGAAAGAAGGCAUGCAGUUCUACAAGGACAUGCUGGCCCAAGCAAAACAGGAAUUCCAGCAGGCCCACAGAAAGCAUGAGCAAGGGACUUAGACUGGACUGACUGAUGAAGGGUCUCUGCUAGCAAACACACAUCCCUGAGGGACAACACCAGCACUAA